GGAGCGGUGGGUUUGCCCAUUCUCCUGCUGUGAGUGACGCGAUCAUCUCUCUUAUCCCUCAACUUUGCCUGUUGCCAGACCAGGCAGCCGAGGUGGACGCUGGCUAUCAGCGCUGACAUUCUUACCGCGAUCGCAGCUAAAUAAUAAUAACAAUCAUAACCCAUGUUCCUUUUCCUUGUUUGUUUAUGACUUCUGUCUGCUAUUCUGUAACGAUGAUUUUUAGUUUUCCUUUCCAUCGGACUCCCCGAUGUUGUGCAGUCUACUACACGAAGGCGUAAAUCUUUUUUUGAGUAGAGGUGGAUCUUCCCGGAUACGACGAGGGGGUAGCUAUAUGAAAUAAAAACAGAAGACUUUUGGCGGAAAUCCUCGCACAUAAAAUGCCACGGAGGAAACAAGAAGCGCCCAAGCGCGCAGCAGCCUAUUCUCCAGAGGAGCUGACGGAGCACACUGUGGAGGAGGCAGAAGCAGGAGAGUUGCCCUCGGUCCCUCAGGAUGACUUUCCCAUGAAAGAUGAGUUUGUGGAGCAAAGCGAAGGGACUGCCAAGGAUCAGGCAUGUGACCAGGAAUCAGCUGAGGCCACAGAGCUCUCAGGACAAGAGAUGGACAGUGAGUCACAUGUGAGUGAGGCCAGUGAUCGCCUCUCAGACUUUGAGAGCCCCUCCAGAAAAGUUGACUCCAACUUGGUCACAGCAUCCCUGAAUACUGACACAAAGACACCUCCCAUAGGCAUGGACACCUUAGAGCAAAUGAAGGCGAUCUACUCUAGCUUCCUGACCAGCCCAUUGUGGUCACCGCUGAAUUUAAAUUCCACGCCACUUCAGGCACAGUCUUCAGCUUCUGCAGAGAAGCCAAUCCGCAGCAACAGCACUAGUAGCAGUAGUAGCUGCAGCAGCGGUAGCUAUGACUGGCACCAAUCUGCAGUGGCAAAAACACUACAACAGCAUCCUCCUCAGAGCCGUCAUCCAGCUCAGUCUGAGCCCAGCCUCUUUAGUACAGUCCAGCUCCACAGGCAAAAUCCAAAACUGUUUGGCUCGAUCUUCACCGGGGCCAGUAAAUUCCGUUGUAAGGGUUGCAGUGCUGCUUAUGACACCCUGGUGGAGCUGACAGUUCACAUGAAUGAUACAGGCCACUACCGUGAUGACAACCAGGACAAGGCGGGGAGCGGCGCCAAGCGCUGGUCUAAACCACGUAAGCGUUCCCUGCUGGAGAUGGAGGGGAAGGAAGAUGCCCAGAAGGUUUUGAAGUGCAUGUAUUGCGGCCAUUCCUUUGAAUCCCUCCAGGAUCUUAGUGUCCACAUGAUCAAGACCAAACACUACCAGAAAGUGCCUCUGAAGGAGCCCAUGGCCCCUGUGGCAGCCAAAAUUAUGUCCUCAAAGAAAAGGGGACUUGUGGGUUUGGACCUCACUUCAACACCACGAUCUCGAGAAGGAACCCCGAAAGCAAAGGCAGACCUGAGUGAACCCUCCCAGAAACUUUCCUCCAGUCCCUACACCACUCCUAAUAACCGAUACAGCCAUCAGAAUGGUGGGAGUUAUACUUGGCAGUUUGAGUCCAACAAAUUGCAGAUUCUUAAGUGUAUGGAGUGUGGCAGCUCCUAUAAUACACUCCAAGAGCUGAGGACCCACAUGAUGGUGACAGGACAUUUCCUGAGAGUGACCAGUUCUGUGGGAAAGAGAAUCAAAACACUUCCUGAGGCCACAUCCCCCAACCCCAAUCCUGGGAGGGUCACCACACCUACUGAACAGAGAGUCCAGUCUGUACCACUAGCCCCCUCCACUUUCUCUCCUCCACCUCUUCAAACUAUCACAACUCCCCCUGCCACUUCACCCCCUCUGAAAGAGAUCAAGAAGGAGGAGGUUGAGGAGGAGUGCACAAGGAAAGAGACUGUAGCAACUGCAAAGCAAGUCACAGUUACUGUUAGUAAGGAGGAGGAUGCUGAGAGGGAGGAAAAAUAUGACAUUUCAAAGUAUAGCUAUCUUACUGAGGAGGACCUGAAGGAGAGCCCUAAAGGGGGAUUUGAUAUUCUCAAGUCCCUGGAAAACACUGUGACAUCAGCCAUCAACAAGGCACAGAGUGGGAAUCCAAGCUGGGGGGGCUACCCCAGCAUCCAUGCAGCCUACCAGUUUCCAAGUGCUCUCAAGCUCCAACAGGGGAGCUUGGAAAAGAAUUCACAGAUGAAGUUCUUAUUUAAUGGAGGGGAUGGAGCACUGUCCUGUUAUGCUAAGAACCAGCCCCUUAUUUCCCCACCACUUAGUCAGUCCUCCCCCUUUCCCACCAACAACUUUCAAGCAAUGGAGGAUUUAGUGAAAAAAGUGACAGAAAAAGUAGCUAAAGUAGAGCAAAGGGUUAAGCAGCUCUCUCCAAAGAGGGAGAACCAAAUGUCCCCGUGUAGCAGUGAGGCUGGAGAAUCCCACAAGGGAGGAGAGACUGACUCUCCUCGGGAAUGGAGGGAAGUCACACCAGCCAACAGUGACAGGGGAAGCCAUAGCGAUAGCGCGUCCCCAGCAACAGAACCCAACAGAGAGGCAACAGUCAAAUCCCCACCUGCCUCUUCCCUGAGAUGCAGCAAUGCCAUUAUCACUGGUCAUACUCCUCCUGAGCAGCCCUUUGUCAACCCUCUAAGUGCUCUUCAGUCAGUAAUGAACAUUCAUUUGGGGAAAGCAGCCAAACCCUCUUUGCCAAAUCAAGAUCCCCUGAGCCUGCUCUCGAGGCUAAGCCAGAGCAUGACUGAGAAGGCUGCUGUGGCCGCUUCUCCAACACAGACCAAAAAGGCAGAAAGUGUAGUUAAUAGUUUUUGCCAGCCCAGUGAUGACCAGCCAAUGGACUUAACGAAAAGCAAAAGUGGUAAAGGAGGCUCUGUAGGCUCAGCACCCCUAACGCCCUCUUCCACAGCUUCUUCCAUCUCCCCGAUCGCUCUUGUUACUCCUGCAAAGUUAACGGUGGUCUCUCCCUACACAUCCAGCAGCCCUCUACAUGAAAAUGCAUUGUCAGAUAUCUCAGACAUGCUUAGAAACCUGACACAGUCCCACCCUGUAGCAAAGCCUGCUUCCCGGUCUCGGGUCACAGAUAAAAUUGAGGUGAUAGGCUCUAAACAUGAUGAAGAUGAUGUGUCUCUGCAUGGCCACAAACGCAAAGGCCGUCACUCCAACUGGAACCCACAGCACCUACUUCUUCUGCAGGCCCAGUUUGCCUCCAGCUUGAGGCAGACAUCAGAUGGCAAAUAUGUCAUUAAUGACCUUAGCCCACAAGAAAGAAUGCACAUAUCUCGUUUCACAGGUCUCUCCAUGACCACCAUAAGCCACUGGCUGGCUAAUGUCAAAUACCAGCUAAGGAGGACGGGCAGAACCAAAUUCCUAAAGAAUCUGGAUUCCGGUCAGCCUGUAUUCUUUUGUAGUGACUGUGCCUCACAGGUCCGUACCCCAGCAGCGUAUGUAUGCCACCUGGAAGCCCACCUGGGGUUCCGAAUCAGGGACCUGGCCAAGCUGUCCCCCAAACAGACUGUUCGGGACUCCAACACUCUCACUGAGAAGGUGGUGCCCUUGGAGUCCUUCCUUUCUCCCCAAUCAGAAGAGGACUGUAGCAGUAAUGGAGCAGUGUACCGCUGCCAGCUCUGCGUCCGCAAGUUCGCAACUAAGCACGCCAUCAAGCUUCACCUCAGCAAGAGCCAUGGGAAGUCUCCAGAGGACCAUCUGCUAUAUGUGUGUGAACUGGAGAAACAUUAAACGGCUUCUAGCAGUAGACAUACUGGAAAACAUAUGCAGACUGACUGUUUAAAAACAAAAUCAAAACGGAGAAUCUUUGAAGUGUGAUAACGCACAAAGAUGCCAUGAACUACUGUUAAAAAAUGUCAGCACAAGGUGUUUACAUCAGUUGGGCCUAUAGACAUUUCUGAGUUCUCUGUAUUUCAAAAGACAUUUAUUUCACUUCAAAAUAUACUGUAGGUCAAAGAUAUUCAGCUCCCUGUUUGCCUGUAGAAAAGUAAGACAACAGGGGUGAACCUUUUGACUUGAAAGGUCAGCAUUAACUUGAAAUGUAUUAACUUUAUAGUAUUUAUUUUGUAUUUUUGUGAGUUUGGCUUUGAUUUGCUAGUAGACUGCAUGUUUUACUGUUAUGUUUGUACAGCAAUGUCUUGUCAAGAUUUUAAAAUGCCCUUCCAAAUUGGUCUCUUUUUUUUAAACACCUUGAAGCAGCCAAAUGCCUGAGGAAAACUCCUGCAAAGAAUUUGCAGAAUUGCAGAAGUUCAUUACUUUCUUUUUAUGGUUUUCUCUGUACAGACUAUUGAUUUACUUGCUGAUUGUAAAAUCUGCCUUAUUCAUUAUCAUUGAGUAAGGGGCACUUAAAAUCCAGGUCUGUGUAAAAAAAAAUGUACAUAUAUCGUGUAAGCUUACAAUUUGCUGUUUAAAUUAUGCAUACUUGUUAUAUUUCCUAAUUUAAAAGGACUAUGACUAUCCACUGGUGCAGAGCCUUUGAAGAAGAUUAAAAGGACACUGUUUUGCACAAUAGUUUUAUAAAUGUUAUUUGAUAAAAAAAAAAAAACAUAAUACAGAUAUGUUAACGCCUUGUGCUUCUAUAAAUAAAUUGAAUUAACUGCUGCAAAAA